AUGCUCUCGUGUUUUUUCUCUCGACUUUGCAUGCUUUCUUCGGUUCUUCCUAUCUACACGUGCUUUGGUUUCUUCUUAUACGUACUCAAGAAGGCUUCUUGACGUCUUGGAGUAAGCAUCGUUGGUCUUGGAAUAGUUAUAGGAAGUACCUAGAUAUACGUUUGUUCGUCCAUACACACAUACAUACCGCUUGCUUAUACGAGUCCGCUUGGGGAAGAUGAAGACAUCAACCGUCGCCAUCGUCUUGGCGCCUGCGGCCGCUUCUGCGCAGUGGUGGAGAGGCGCUCCUGGUUGUGCUCAAUCCUGCCUCUCCUCCGCCUGGUCCAGCCCCACAGCCACCAUAACCAGCGGCUGGCCCGCGCAGUCCGAGUACUGCGACUCGGACCACGGCAGCAGCAUCAACUCGUGCAUCAGCAGCGCGUGCGCCACGUCAUCUUCCUCCACCGCCUUCGAGUCCUACACCUCGCUCUCCAGCUCCCUGUGCUCCCAGUACGCCGAGUGCACGUCCGCCGGCAGCACCGGCGUACGCACCGUCACGUACUCGGGCGGCCCCGUCACCUGGGCCGUGCCGGGGGGCUGGGGCGGCGGCGCAAAGGCGUUCGGCGGCCCGUUUGGCAGCGGCAACGGCAACGGCAACGGGCCCCCGAACGCGUCUGCGGUCGACUCGUACAGACAGUACUGGAGCGAGUGGGCGUCGGCCUUCCAGUCGUCGCGCACGUGGACGGGCGGCGUGGCCACCGUCACGGGCUGCGCGUUCGACGGGUCCCCGUGGUUCGUAGGGCCUGGGUGCGGUUGGAACGGGCUGGGCGGGUUUAACGGCUGGGUUGGCUGGGGAUCGGGCUGGAGCUGGGGCCCUACGACUACGGAGACCGUCACGUUUACGACUACCGAUACGGCCGGCGCUACGACGACGGGGACCGGACUUGCGGCUGUGGCGCUGGCUGUGAGCGGUACGCUGACUACGUCUACGACGCUGGGGACGCCGACUGCGACGGACGGUGCGGAGAGCGGUGCGGCGCCGGUGGGGAUGGGGAUGGGGCCGGGGGCGGAGGGCUCGGUUGUUACGGGUAUGAUGGGGGUUGCGCUGGGGGCGAUAUUGGUUGUUGCUGGUAUGCUAUGAGGGAACUUGGCUUUAUCUAUAUGCCUCUUGCCGGAUAUAGGGGCUGGGUUUACUUAGAUACAUUGGUCUUCAGAAGCAUAUCUACGCGAGCCUCGUUCGCUCCCUUGGGGAUGAAGAGGGAGAUGAGAUGGCGUCUUGGGUAUACGAAAUGGAGUUUUGCUACUUUGAUAGUUAGGUACCUAGGUUAGGUAUAAUACAAAACGAGACGUUUAAUGUAGGUUGGGU